AUGGAUGAAAGCCUUGUAGACGAAGUCCGAAAAUUUAAUGACGUUUUCCGGGCUUUUCAAGAGAAGGUUACCAAGGAUUUAUUUUCUUUAAUUGAUGGAGAUGAAUUCGUGAAAGACAUCGGUUGUUCGAAUCCUGACUCACUAGAAAAACGAAUCGAUAAUGCAAUAGCUCACCACCACGGACAAGCAAUAAGGCUGUUUAUUCAACGGGGAGACGAAAGAAUACCCAUUACUGUUUCCAAUGAUGGCAGUGUUCAUGAUCUCCAUGCAGCCGUAGCUGCUGCAAUCGAUGAAAAACUUUCAAAUGAAGGAGCUGUUUAUGAUGAUCUUAUAUCGAACAUUGAUCUCUGUGAUAUGGCCGCUGUCUGCCAUGUCUUUUCUCUAAACCCUCCUCCUAAACAUUUGAAUUGGCGACGAUUUUGGCGAACCCAUUGUCUCGUUUCAAACGAAGUGCACUUGAAUGACAAAAAUACCCCAUUGAAGAAAGUACCCGGUUUGUACAAUAACACUGUUAUACGCUUUGCAAGGCGGAAUAGAAAGAAACAGAGGUUAUAA